UAUUACGUUUUAUUGGCGGGCGCAUUCAUUUCUUUAUAAAUUGAAACUCCCAGCGCCAGCUCCUAUUUAGUUAAACAUGGCGCCUCUUUGGAACGGUUGUGAGUUGCUGCUCAGUCUAACGGCUAGCUUGACCAAAUGUCAACAAGCCGCGUCAGCGUAGCCGCUCAGCCCAGCCUGCUAAACAAAGCCUGCUGUCUGUGGUCUGAGCAGCCUUUAGGACACACACGAACCCGGUUCUGUUCCCAUGUUAAGUUCUGCUGCGGAACAGUCAGAGCAGGCUUGUGUCGCCUGAAAGCAAAGCUGACCAGACAAGCUCGUGCAUGUUUGGAGUUCGGGAUGAGCGGUUUCAUGUUUAUGUCACGAAUUCAUCACGUGUAGCGCCGCUCAGCUGUUCCCCCUGCACGGUGAGCGAGUGUUAAAACUGUAAUAAGCAGGUAGUGUUUGUGUUAACUGGGUGGAAACGUCAAAGCUCUGCUACUGAAACCGCCUCUCAUGUGCCUCUAAAUACCCCUGAAAGUUUCGCUUCAUGCCAAGAGCAGUUGACCCUGCUCUUCCACCUGGUGCCGAGGGGCCUGCAGCCCACUGAGGAGGCCUAACUGGGUGGGAGGAAGCACGAUGAGUGGGAACAACACACUCCUCAAAGUGAUUCUCCUGGGAGAUGGUGGAGUGGGCAAGUCCUCCUUGAUGAACCGCUACGUCACAGAUCGCUUCGACUCCCAGUCCUUUCACACAAUCGGCGUGGAGUUCCUUAACCGGGACAUAGAGGUGGACGGGCGCCGGGUCACCCUUCAGAUCUGGGACACCGCAGGGCAGGAGCGCUUCAAGUCGCUGCGCACGCCCUUCUACAGGGGGGCGGACUGCUGCUUGCUCACAUUCGCGGUGGACGACUUGCAGAGCUUCCAAAACCUCGGCGGCUGGAAGAAGGAGUUCUUGUACUACUCUGAUGUUAAAAACCAAGAGCGGUUCCCUUUUGUGGUGCUGGGCAACAAGGUAGAUGUGGAGCAGAGGGAGGUGGGAGAGGAUGAAGCUCGGGCGUGGUGUGAGGAGAACGGCUGCUGUCCUUACUUUGAGACCAGUGCCAAGGAUGACACUAAUGUCACGGCUGCGUUUGAAGCUGCUGUUAGACAGGUUCUGUCUGCAGAGGACCAGAUUGGUCACGCACUGCUGACCAGUACCAUUGAUCUCCAUGGCAACCGGAAAGUGCCACGUACAUCUUGCUGCUGAUUGGUGUGAAUCUUGUGUCAAACGUUCAUGCUGAAACGUGCCAGCGUCGAUUAGAACAGCCGGUGUUCUGCAGGUUUUUGGUAUCCAGUAAAGAUAAUAUGGGUGAGGCCCAGCUGCUCUCCGAGCUUUCUGCUGAUGAUUGUUGAACUUUUAUGAAAGAACAAGUUUUAACGCAUAGUGUUGCAGCACAUGGUCUGCUUCCACUCUCUCUGCUGGUACUGGGGCCGUAUCAAAUGUUGCAAUGAAGCACUUCUUAAUGAAUUAAUAAUAUGGAAUAGAGAGCAGAUCUCUCUCGCUGUUGGAACCUCACCCAGUCCUAAACAGCUGCUCCCGCAGCUCUCUGGAUUACGACUGGAUUGUCUUUUUGUUUUCAGAAGUUUAAGAAUCAACUCAAACACACUCGUCUCUUAAUCACAAGUGUUUUCUUCACUCUGUUGAUUUGUGAAAAAUGUGUUUCAUACAGAGAGCUACUGAUAAUAAUUAGAUACUUCAAACUUUGGUACAUAACAUUUUUAAUCAUGUUUCACUGAAAACAAUAGCUUGUUUUCUUUCCAGAGCUUUUGCAGCUGUGAGCUUUAUGAGCCGACGUGCUUUUGAAAAGUAGAAAUGUGGUUUUCUGCUGCGUUGUGUUGCAGCUGGAUGUGCCGGCGGACCAGCUAAUAUUUCAUGUUCUGAAUCCUUUUGUUCUCGUUAAGGGGUUUACCAAGCAGGAGGUGCUUUUAUUUGAAACAUACACUUUCAGUCUUGCCCCUGGUGCAGCUGAUGAUAGUAUUUCUCAGUGAAACAUGUUUUGUUCAUCCCUGAAAAUUUCAUGUAUUUUUUUCUUUAUUUCCUUCCAGCGCGUUCUUUAGGUUUCAGUGUUUGAUCAACGACAGUUUAACCUCCCCCCUGAUGAGUCGAGCAGCUUCUAAUUGUUAUGGCAUCCUUGUACUGCUGCGUCUGCCUUGUUGAUUGCGUAGUUGGCCUUAACAUUCCAGUCUUUUAGCUUCGCCUUGCCUGAAGAUCUCCUGUGCACUACUGAUAAAUGACACACGCCUCGUGCUGUUAGUGCGCCUAUUAAAGGUCUCGGCUGAAUGUGAAGUAGCUCAAGCACAGUCAUUACUUUCAGUAUCUAGAUUGUAAAUCACCCCCCCCUCAUACACUAUUUAGUGAAACGUAGAGUAUUCUACAGCGUAAUGAUUGCCACGUCACCGUAUUUACACACUGCUACAGUUCUGUUUCACUUUUGCUUCAGUGUUCGGAUUCACUGUUACGAUUUCAUAAAAAUGUUGCAUUAGAUGAAAUCUCGUCACGACGGUGGGACCGCUGUGGGGCUCCGCGUGUUCAUCUUUGUGUUACGCGUUGGCCUGAAGAGUCAGGAAUGUUGGUGAACAUUUGGAGAUCCAGUCAGGUACUGUUACAUAAUGACUUAGUCCAUUUACAGGUUUAUUUAUAUGAAUAAUGAUCUUUAAUGAAUCCGUGAGUGUUGGUUUAAAUGGCUUCUGGCUGAAGCUUCACUGUGAAAUAAGGGCAUUUAAAAAGUUGCAGUCCGACAGAAACAAGGGCUGUUAUCUAAAUCAGUCCUUGGCUUUUCUUUGUGAGGUGAUGCGUUCUGUUCCUGUUGUCUGAUUUGUAUUUAAUCCGUGCCGUUAUUUAAAAUCAAACUUACCUGAGAACUCUGCACCCAUAGGAUGGUAGCAUUAAUCAGUGGUACUCUUAAUAUUUUCUGUAAUAUUUCAGAAUGUAAAAUCAUGUCUGUGGGCUGCUGAUGGCUUCCACGAACUGCAGAGUACUGAUUUUAUCAUGCAAGAACAAAACUAACUGACCAGUGAAUGCCUGCUUUACUCCGAGCCUGUGAGAAAUCAGAUGUCAUCCUGAUUGUGUGCUGAUCUAACAGGUCACGUUCCUCGCUCUGUUUGCACUUCCAUCGGUAAAACUAUAGGGAACGCUUGAGUGUUUUGUUUGAAAUAAAGCAUGCAUCAUAUUA